AUGGGCCGACGAAAGAAACGAACCACCACUUCUUCAACAACGAUCAUUGACUCGAACAUUCAAAAUAUGACUUUAUCGAGUUUUACUGAAGAAGAGGCCAAUGUUGAUGAAAAUGAAAAUCAAAACAACAACAACAACAAUACUUCUUCAAUAGAAACAGGUUCUUCAAAUAAUUUGUUGGAUUUGGGAGAAGUUUCGGAGACAUUUCAUCAUCAUGAAGAAGGAAAUCAUCAUCUCACAAAAGACCAUGAACCUCAUCAUCCGAAUUCCCAUAAUAGUCAUAUGAUCACUAAUAAUAAUUCUUAUGAGGACGAACAAACAAGUUUUUCUAUGGGUGAUCCACCAUCAUCCAUGUUGUAUCAUGGUGAUGAUAAUAAUCAACACAAUGGUUAUCAAAAUUCGGAAUAUGAUUCUUCAACUAUUUUACAAUAUGGUGGAAACCACAACAACAAUACCAAACAACCCCAAUACGUCCAGCCCAUCACACGAUAUGUCAACCCUUAUGACGACAUUAUUGAUGAAGAGGAGGAGAACCCAAGGGAAAAACAAAAUAAUUUCAUGUUUUCAUCUUAUAAUGAUGAAAAGGAAGAAUCAACUCCAAAUAUUGAAACAGAACAUCCACUCAUUGAGUCAAAAUUCAGUAGCGCUCACUCGGCGUCAACACCAAACCUGGAUCCUGUCACACCCUUAGAAACCGAGGAAAAUUUACAAAUUGAAACAGGAAGACCAAGGGCUUCUCCUUUACAACAGAGAAGUUUUGGAAUGAAGAUAUUUGACUUAUUUAUUGCAUUCUUUCCAUUUGGUUUUAUUUCAUUUGGUGGUCCUGUUGCAAACGUUGGUCUUUUAGAGGAACAAUUUGUUUUUUCCAAACGAUGGAUAUCUGACAAGGAAUUUACUGAACUAUUUGCACUUUCUCAGGCUAUUCCUGGAACAGCCUCUACUCAGAUAAUUGUGGCGAUUGGUACCCUAUACUUGAACUCUUAUUUGGGAGGAAUUAUCGCAUUCAUUUUGUAUUCUCUUCCAAGUGUUACCAUUUUAUUACUUGCUGGUGAAAUUGCCAGUACCAUUUACAUACCAGCAAAGAUUCCAGAUUGGGCUACCAAAUUAAUUAAUGGAUUUUCUUGUGGUGCAUUAGCAAUUGUUAUUAAUGCAGCUUGGAAAUUAACACAAACAGCCAUAUCUCCUAGCGCUAAAUUGCAUGUCAGCACCACCUUAUUCAAAGUACUAAUGGUUGUCGCUUGUGCUCUCUUUUUGCUGGUACAAAAAAAUUGGAUGAUGGUUGUGGUCAUGUUUUUUGGUGCUUUCUCAACAGUCAUGUAUUCAUACUUUGAACAAAACUUUAUAAUACGAAGGAUGAAGGAGUACAUACCUCAAGAAGAAUUACAAAAGCUUGAAGAUAUGAAAAACAAUCCUGCUGUUCCAACUUGGCAAAAAAUCCUUAAAAAGUUUUACAUGUACAUUUCGACCUUUUGGAGAAAACGUUUGCAACAGCCAGAAAACGAUUUCUCUGACACCGUUUCUACAUUAAGCUCUCAGGAAUUUGCAAAAACACCAGUUGAAUUGCACAGUCAAAGAAUAAUCGUGACCACCCACUAUGCUUCAGUAGAAACACCUCAGAGUGCAAUUGAAGAAAAUCACCAUAGUUCUCAACUAAGAGAACCUCUUGCAGUUAGAAUUCGCAAAAUUUUUUCCAAGUUUGGAAAUGACAAACCAAUUUCUGGGGUUAUCAUGUUGUGCUCCUUCUGUAUCAUAUUUUUGUUGCUGUUUAUUGUGAAACAAUUUACAAAAUGGAAGUAUUUGGUACUAUUUGAAGGUUUAUAUCGUAUGGGAUCAGCUGUGUUUGGAGGAGGAAUUACAAUUGCUCAAGUUAUUCAUUCCGAAUUUGUCACCAAGCAAACUCUCAUCACUCAGGAUCAAUUUCAAAGUGGUUCAGAUUUAAUGGCCUUCCUACCAGGACCUUUAUUUAAUUUUUCAGCCUAUGUUGGGGCUGUUAUUGGUGGCUGGCAAGGCGGCUUGAUUGCAUGGACUGGUCUCUUCCUUCCUGGAUUUUUCUUUAUUUGGGGAUUGCUUCCACUGUGGAGAAAAUAUCGAGAAAAUGCAAUGACACAGAAAGUCCUUGCAGGAAUCAACGCAACAGCAAUUGGAUUUGUUUAUGCUGCCAUUUUACUUUUAUGGAAAUCAGCAGUAGGAACCAAUGUAAAUGCAUCUGUGGCAGUUCUGUUGUCUUUGUGCAUGCAUUCUGUGUAUUCUAUUCCACCUCCAAUUUCAGUCGCAGUUUCAGGUGUGUUAAGGUUUUUGCUUUAUCUUAUUUUUGGAGCAUAA